CAGGAGUAACGAGACUCUGAGACUUUGUGGUGCGUGGUUACGUGAUUUGCGGUUACGUGUUUCAUCGGGCUACCGAGACUUCCGGCCGGAACCCAGCAGCUCCCAGCGGCUCAUACACAAACAUCAUCAUGGCAGCGGAGUGCGACGUGCUGUCUGAAAUCGAGGUGCUGCAGUCGAUCUACCUGGAUGAGCUGCAGGUGAACAGGAGACAGGACGGGGGCUGGGAGGUGAGCCUGGUCCUGUACCCGUCCACAGCGGAGGACUCUGUCUCCCAGUUUGUCCGACUCACCCUGACUUUGACUCUCGAUCAGCAGUAUCCCUUGUCCUCUCCAGACAUCUCCAUUCAUAACCCCCGGGGGCUUUCUGAUGACAAGCUCAGCAGUGUCCAGAAGUGUCUUCAGCUGGAGGCUCAGUCCAGUCUGGGGUCACCAGUGUUGUAUCAGCUCAUUGAUAAAGCAAAAGAAAUCCUGACUGAAAGCAACAUUCCUAACGGAAACUGUGUCAUUUGUCUCUAUGGAUUUAAGGAGGGAGAGACGUUCACCAAGACAAGCUGCUACCACUAUUUCCACUCCCACUGCCUGGGUCGCUACGUCAGCCACUCUGAGAGGGAGCUCCGCCAGAGGGAGAAGGAGCUAGAGGAGGACAAGACCAGAGACAGGACAGACUAUCAGGAGCUGACUGUGGUGUGUCCGGUGUGCAGAGAGCCUCUGGAAUACGAUGUUGAUCAGCUUCUGUUCUCACCUGCACCUCAGCUGCCUGAGCUGGACGAAGCAGCGAUUGGUUCAGAAUUUCAGCAGAAGUGGGUUGAACUCCAGAAACUUUUGGACAGACAGAGGUCUAAAGGUGGGAUCAUUGACCCGGAGGUGGAAUCGAAUCGUUUUCUCAUCCAUAUCAAUGAGGCUCCGUCUGUCGCUGAAAAUGGAAACCUGGACGUAGACGUGUCCCCUGGCCCUCCAGCACCCUCUGCUUCCAGUGUUUCCUCUGAUGAAACGGGUGUGAGAGCAGAGCAGUUUGUCCCUGGACUGUCCCACUGCAGAGGUGUUCAGGGCCAGAGGCGUCAGAACCAGGUGAGGGGGCCAAGGAGAGGAGGCAGGUCCAGACCUCAACACGGGAGAGCCGCCCCCAUCACAGAGCAGCUUGACAAACUCUCAGUGUCCUCGGACUGCACUGACGGAUCAGUAAAAGCCCAAGCUCAGGGUAACCAUCGCCAUCAGAUGCAAGUAAAUGCAGAAUUGUGUCAGCCAAAGACGGGCAGGGAGGUCUACGCUGAGCCACAGGAGAGGAAGGUUUCUCCAGACACUCAGCCAGUGUCCAAGUCAGGUCAGGAAACUGAAUGCCAAAGAGACGCUGCGGACUGCGCAGGCGGCCGUGGUCAUCGUGGACGGAGAAAGGGUCCUCACCAGUCUGUCCCACACAGCGGGCCUGCACGAUACCACUGGGACGGGCGAGCCUCAAGGAACAGGGGAGGGGCCAAUAACCUGUACAGCAGAGGAAGCGGGCCCCACCGGGGUCACGGCAGGGGCUUCCAACAGAAGGUGGAGAGAGAGAGGGGGCGAGAGGAGGUGCUAUGACAAAGAGCAACAGGAGGGCCGAUGAACAAACGUGUGUGUGCCUCCAUCAUGGGUUUGCAUAGAUUAAAGCCCUGCAGCAGAAAUGACAUUCACUGUAGUGUCCUAUCCUCCUGUCCAUCGCCGUUACCCUGGUCUCUGAUAAACCCUUUCAUGCACACUAACAUCAGAUACCGAUGGUUGUUGUUUUCUGUUGUGAUGCAAUAUCACUUGAAAGAACCACAAAUUAAAUUUUCUCUGGACGUCA